AUGGCUGCUGGUGAGCAGUUCCUGCUGCUCCACAAAGCCAAUGAGGACUGGUGGCAGGUGAGACGGGCCAGCGAGCCCCGCUGGGCUCGACCCUUCUUCGUCCCUGCUACCUACGUGGCCGAGCUGGACCCUGGUGACACUGGGAGACGGAGCACACUGCCCUCCAGCCAGCCUGCGGGCACCGGCCUGUCACUGCAGAAGAGCUGGGGGGUCUCCUGGGUGGUGCUGGCCGGGAACAGCCUCAUCUUCUACAAGGAGCCCAAGGGGCCGGCACCUACUGUCUGGUGCCCUGCCAGCAGCCGCCCUGAGAGCAGCGUGGACUUGCGGGGGGCUGCCCUGGACUGGGCCCGUGACCUCUCCAGCAAGAAGAACGUCAUCCACCUCCGCACUGUGACGGGUAAUGAGUUCCUGCUGCAGUCGGACCAAGAGGCCACCAUCCAGGAGUGGGCCCGGGCCAUCCGGGGGGUCAUCCGCCGGCUGGACCUGGAGAACCCCGUGGAUGCGCCUGUGGGGUGGCUGCGCCCGAGGGACAUUGGGGACCUGGUGGAGCUCAGCGGGGAUGAGGACGAGGCACCGCGUGCCCCCCACACCCCCGACACCUCAGAGAAGAAGCGGGUGAAGAGCAAGCUGAGGCGCUUCAUUGUCAAGCGGCCCCCACUGCAGAGCCUGCAGGAGAAGGGGCUCAUUCGAGACCAGGUGUUUGGGUGCCGUCUGGACGCUCUGUGCCAGCGGGAGAACGCCACUGUGCCCCGCUUCGUCCGGCUCUGUGUGGAGGCCGUUGAGGAGAGAGGCCUUGAUGUUGACGGGAUCUACCGCGUCAAUGGGAACCUGUCCAUGAUCCAGAAGCUGCGUUUUGCUGUGGACCGGGAGGAGCGGCUCAGCCUGGCAGACCCUGAGUGGAGCGAUGUCCACGUGGUGACUGGUGCCCUCAAGCUCUUCUUCCGGGAGCUGCCCGAGCCCCUGGUGCCCUACGGGCUCUUUGACCCCUUCAUCGAAGCUAUCAAGCUGCCAGACCCCCAGGAGCAGGUGGAGCGGGUGGCUGAGCUGGUGCAGAGCCUGCCCCCCGCCAACUAUGCCACCCUGCGCUACCUCCUGGCUCACCUCUGCCGGGUGAUGGAGCAGGCAGAUGUCAACCGCAUGACACGCCAGAACAUCGGCAUCGUGUUCGGGCCAACGCUGCUGCGGCCGGAGAGGGAGCCAGGCAGCCUGGCGGCAGGCAUGGCCCAGCAGAACCAGGCCGUGGAGCUGCUGCUGGCACACUUUGACCGCAUCUUCCCUGCGCCCCCCUGA